AACUAUACUCCAGGCUCUGGAGUAGAUCCUUUCUCCAUGACACCUCUCCCUAUCUCUGGUAAUGCAGAGAUAUUGAUAAAGUACCAUAUGGUGAUGGCUUCAACUGGCUCUCAUGUAGACAAGGUCGAGGUGCUCCCACCACACCUUCAACCCGUAAAUCGAUACAACAGGGUUGUUGAUACAAUGCUACGAGAAUGCAUGCAGAAUAAGUUGAAGCUAACAUCGCUGCUAAUGAUAAUGUCAGCUAGAAUGGUCCACCUCUCGCGGAUACCUUUAGUCGGCUCCGCACAACCAGAGCAUUACAUGCAAAUGACUCUAACCUCCGUACGUCAGAAGAUGCUUGAGUGUCAGCAGAAGGGCAUUCGAGCCGAUCCACUUCUCGUGCAGAAUAUUCAUGGCCUUGCUCUUGCAGCGUGGAUCUGUCAACACUUCGAGGAGGCUUCAACUCACAUACGGGCUGCGAAAUCUCUGCUUGGGCUGUUAGAUAUGAACGACCACUAUCACAAAUUUACAGCACAGGGGCUGGUUAACAUCGAUAUGAUGAUAUCAAUUGAGACUGGAUGCCUCCCUGACCUCCCAUUAAUGUUCGAUCCAGGACCACUGACGCCCUCUCGGCUUGCAGUGAUCAAGGAGGAGAUCGCAAACCUCGCUGCCGGUCGGUCCCAACCAACUGUGUACCUGCAGAGCCCUGGACCACGGGCAGCCAAACUCUCCAAUGCGCUCAUCAGUCAUCAGGUCGACAUCCUUGCCGAUGCUUCAGCUAUUCUAGAUUCCAGGUUAGGGCGCGGCUUUGAACAAGCACUGGAGGCCAACUUCAUAAGUCCGGCAUUGGCCUCCAUUCUCCGCGACAUGUUAGAUUGCGUUGCUGUUGCAAAAUAUGUAUGGCGAACCUCAAGUGCGACUCGAGAGGAUGCUGAAUGGAUGUGCAGGCGGAUGCGUGCCAUUUGUCAUCGUCUCCUGCAUUUACCAGCCGAAUCACCGAUGCUUGCCCGUAAGGACGAAGCCUUACGUCUUUCUCUGCUUCUCGUAGUCCUACGGUGCACAAAUAGAAUGGCCUUUCGAUCUGCUCAGCCAAACAUGCGACGUUUGCAGCGAGUGUUGUUUGGCAUCCACACGAAUUGGUGCCCUCCAUCUUUCUUGUCACAGUCGCAUUCGCAGACGCCCGAGUAUGAAGAAAAUGCACCAAAUCAGUUGCAAGACCCUACAGCCUUUCGACCUCUACCCAAAAUUUCUGGUACUAUCUCUUCAGUCUCAUGCUGCGAGUACAAUGAGAAUGCCCUUCUUCUCUGGACAUUGAUGACCGGGCAUUUCAACGCCCAAGGCCAACCAGAGGAAGCUUGGUUCUUGCUGUGUGCAGCUUUCGUUGCGCGUCAGCACCUUGGGAUCUUCAACUAUGGCGGCCUAGAGGAAUUCAUGACAGAUUUUCUCUUUUCCAAGACGCAGCAGCGUCACAGCCUCGAGGCUGUGGCC